AUGUUGAGGGCAGGUCGCUAUUCUAAAGCUUCGUCCGUCUUGCGAGCUGUCGGUGGCAAACGCCCGUCAGUAUGCAUGGCAUCUCGGGUGUUGACCAGACUAUAUUCCAAUGGAAAAGAGGAUGAUCAGGUUGCAUCAAGUUCUUCGCCAAGUAGCAAACCAUGGUACCUCCAAGGCACUGGUAAGCCUGAGAUAGACGUCACAUCGCCAUUUGUUGGCAAAAUCAAGCUACCUGCUACGCCUGUUCCAGACACAGUGGUGAAUGUGACAGAGUACAUGCGGGACAAGCUGGGUGUCACGGAUAUUACAUGUUUCAACACCCACGAAGCACAUCGCCCUUGUGUAAAGAACGGUUACGUUAUACUUGGUUGUGUGAAAUCAACCAGGCAUGGUGCCAGAAGUAUGAUCGAGCUGAUGCGCUUUCUGAAGACCGAGUACGGUGUGCUUCCUCAGAAGGAAGGUGGUAUUUCGGUUCAAGAAUUGAGAAAAAGGCAGAAACGUCUGCAACGAAAGGGAAAUCUUACCUCUGCGAGUGCAGAACUAGCAGGAGAGAGCGACUGGUACCUGAUAGAUAGUAAGCUUUAUGAUGGCAAUGGUAGUGGCGUCUUUGUCCAUCUACUGACGAAAGAAAAACGCGAAGACUUAAACCUUGAAGGCCUAUACUGCACUUCCGAGGAGCGUGGCCUUUACCAGAAGAAAGUUCUGUCGCCUUCCAACGAUCAUCUACCAAAUGAUGAUGAUGAUAAUGUCUUAGCAGGACUGAAACGUUUAGCAUUGCAGAACUCUAGGCGCUAUUAUAGCUCUACGAGCUCCGCGACGGCAGAUUACGCACGGUCUUCUCUACAAGGCGGUAGUAACAUGGAGAAUAGCGAUGCUCCCCUGUUUUCUCUCGUGGAUUCGCUGGCUCAACUGCCCGAAACAGAAGAGUUAGACCCUCAGGAAUGGAUCCGAUCAUUAGAUGCGAAAUGGGCAUUUAUCGAUCUAACAGAGAAACACUGGCAAGCAAGGUGGCUCAUGUAUAGACUGCUGUAUGUGAACCGGUUGCACGCCUUACAGCGCGCACAGGAUGGCGACUCGGCGAACUUGGACCAUUUGAAAAGGGACCUGACAUUCUGCUAUAAAACACUGCUAGAGUAUUUUACGUUGAAGCAGGCAAUGAAUGGUCGCCUUAACAAAGAGGAAUUGGUUGGCAUGUUAGACAUUAUGUUGACCCAAAAAGAGUUGAACGGAGGCUACAGUAAGCUGGUGAAGCAUAAUAGAGUAUUGCAACAACUUCUUGAUCACUACAAGUUCCAUGAACCCGAACUCUUCAGGGAUGAGCAGAUAACAAUACGGACUUUGAAACUAAUGGUCAGCUCACAAGCCAAGUUAAACGUGCUUUCUGAAUUUGUGCGCUUUCUCAGGGACACAGGGUAUACAAACCGUAAUGUGGCCAUCAAGUGUAUCGAAAUUCUGGCAGAGGCUAAAGAAUGGAGAGAAUUGAAAACUUUCAUGUUCCGCGAUACAACCGCCGCUUUGUUGAGCGACCCAAUGGUAUGGGCUCAUUUUCUGAGGUCGAUACUCGCCCAUGGAGAACCUCUACUGUGGCGUAGUCUCAUAGACGACGGCAGCAUACUAUGGCUGGUGCGCUGUGGCGUAGAUGUCCGCGCUUGUGAAGAAUUGCAUUCUGCGUUGCUGGAGCUUUUCCAAAGGGCUGGCUAUGACGCAGUUAAGGCGGACAGCCUUUUAAGAGACUAUAUACAAGACGGCGCCUGUUCGUAA